AUGUCAUCUUUCACGCGACAGUCCGUGGUGGGCGCGUCCCGCCAGGACGUGCUUUCGUCGCUGCGCGCUACUUCCAUAUCCAGCACCAAGCCGGUGCUGCCCGCAGAACUUAUUGCCGCCAUUCUGGACUACCUGCCUGUGCCCGAUAUGAUCCGCUUCGCUCGCACCUCGAAACGGAUGCGAGAGAUGGUCUAUGACGAUACCAGGUGGAUACAACGGCUCAAGAGCAUGGGAUGCUGGAACGACCAGGAGGCGAGGAAGCGCUUUGAGGAUGCAAUGAAAAGGAAGCUCGAGGCACAGCGGUCGCGAGAGGCAGAGGAGGCGCUGCGAACAGGCGCCAUGAUCAAUGGCAGCGUGAACGGCCUUGCCGGAGGGGGCGGAACCACUCUUUUCGACGCUGGCAUGGAGGAGGAGCGACUGAGGAGCUCGCAUGAGCUUCCUCUCCGUGCGCGACGAGGAACCAUGGACAGCGGCUUUAGCCCAAUCGAAUCCUCCACUCCGGGCUAUCGGGACCCCGAGUUUGCACUCAACGUCCUGUCAAAUGCCCGUUCAGCCCGUGGCUUUGCAAGGCAGGAAUAUGGGAAAAUAUAUGGAGCAUUGGCACCGUAUUACUUCGACCUGGCCAGGUCCCGGAGCCACAUGGACCCUGUUUUAUUCCGCGUAUACAGAGAUCCAGAGCAGCAGGCGAAGAUGCUGGCCCAGAUCAAGAUUUUUGCCCGCAGCGACUACGCGCAAGGUUACUGGCAGCGGGAGGAACGGCUCGACACCAUGAUGGGUCUGUUCGAGAACGCUGCCCUUCGAGAAUUCGAACAGGGCUACGAGGCGCAGGACAUCGAUGGCCGGAUGAAGAAAUAUGCUCAGGUCCUGGUCACUCUCAACGGUGGCGCAGCAGCCAUCGACAGCUUUAUACACAACCACCCUCUAAUGCUUCACAAAGAAAGGCUGGGGGAUCCGUUGGAUUGUUUGGACAGCGGCCUCUCGGCGGACAGCAUAUCACUCAAGCCUUCGCAGGCCUUUUUCGAACGCUUGGCAACGGCACUGAACGAGCAAGCUUCCAUCAUCGAUCGAGUCUUUCCUCCGUCUGUCAAUGUCACGAUCCCGUUUCUGGAAAGGAUAGGAGAAGACGUCGUUUCGGAGUACAUCAACCCGCUUCUCGACGAGGCCCACGAACGCAACAUCGAGUCGUACCUCAAGGCCGUUUCUGGGCUUUUCGAACAGGCUCUGCGCUUCGAGAUGUCGUUGCAAUCCACGAAAACAUCCGAGACGACGUUCAAGGAGGAUGCACACCGGGUUGUGGCGAGAUGCUUUGAGCAGCACAUCGAUCUGUACCUGCAGGACGAACUUGAUUACUUCAAAGAUAGGGCCAAUUCGGACGUGGAGGCGUGGGAGAAGAGGCUUCAGGACCAAGAGGCCUCGACGGAAUCGUUCUUCAUGUCCAAUGUCAAUCGGCAAGUGGCCAAGCGAGAUUUCCUCACCUCCUUCAAGAAGGUCAUCAUGAUGCCGGUCAACGUGAUGCCCUUCGCCUCUAGCAAACCAACGGACCAGGCAUCGAUGAACGGGGAGACGGGCAGCAUCAAGAGCCAGUCGAGGUCGUCGACGCCUGUGCCAAUCGAGCGCUCCAGCAGCCCGCGCCCUGGGUCAAUGGCUCCUACUUCUGAGCUUGCGGCAAAGGCGGCAAUCAUGAACUCCCGCCUGGAGGGCAUCAAGUCGCUCUUCAGCAUCGAAGUGGCGCUCAAUCUCGUCCACCUCGCCAAGGCCAGCCUCGAGCGCGUGGCUAAAAUGGUCCCGAUGGGUGGGCAGUCAGGCGCCGAGUCGAAGGAACAGUGUGAAGUCAUUUUCGUCGCGCUGCUGCAAAUCCUCGGGUCGGGCCACAUCAAAGUCGGGUUCGACAAGGCCAUCGACCAUCUCUCGAAAUACAACCCGCGGGAGGUCAGCGAGCAUGACCAGCCGGGAGUCCAGCCACUGGUCACAUUCCUGGAGCUGGUGAACGUAGGAGACCUGAUCCAGCAGAUGGUGGAUGUUUUCUACCAGCAAGAGUUGGUGGCCACGCAGCUUGCAGAGAGCGACGACUUCCUCAGCCAGGCGGCGAAGGAGAAGAAGCGGUUCGAGCAGAUGCUGGACGAGCGAGUGGCGGCCGGACUCAACAAAGGUAUCGAUGUGCUGAUGGACGAAGUCGAGUAUCUCUGCGCCACGACGCAGGACCCAAAGGAUUUCAACCCAGGCGCAGGCACGGCUCUCGAGGCUGCGGCACAAAUGUCGGACGUAGGGCCGAGCACGACGGCACGCAGGAUCAUCGAGCUUGUCUCGUCGCACAUCAACAUGCUCGUGGGGAGCACGGACAAGACGAUGCUGGACGUCUUCAACCAGGAGGUGGGAGUGCGUCUUUUCACGGCGCUCUGCAAGCACAUCAAGCGGCAGCGCAUCAGCAUCGAUGGCGCGAUCAAGCUCAUCAGCGACAUGAAUGCGUACCACUCGUACAUUGUGACGCUGAAGAACAAGUCGUUGAACCAGUACUUCAGCGCGCUGCGCGAGCUCACUCAGAUCUACCUGAUCUCGGCAAACGACGCGAAGGAGAUUGCCACGGUCAUCGCGGACGGCGACCGGUACCACGGGAUUUUCCGGACUGAAGAGGUGUACGAGUUCGCAGAGCGCAGGGCAGACUGGUUCGUCGUCAAGAAGGACGUCGAGCGGGCAAUGUACGGCAUCGGCUGCGGCGUCAUCUCCGCGCCUGCCGCUCCGCCGCCGUUGCUGUGCUCGCCCCAGCUCCCCCACGAGCCCCAGCACGGCGCCGGCACCGCCCAAUCCGACGCGCCAUUCGCUGAGAGGAGAGCGCCGCGCUCUGCCGUCUCCAAGCGCUGCCAGACCAGCGUCGCCGCCGAGCAUCUUCGCAAAUCCUCCGCGCAGCUCUUGCCCGGCUCGAGAGCGCCCACGCUGCUCAUCUGCCGCAAAGCUUGCUCACUUCACCCCAGCAUCCACCGCACCCCCGCAACCAUGCCUCUCCCGCCCGAGGUCGAAGCAUCCUACACCGUCAUCAUCGAUGACAUCCUCGCCCACAGCGACCUGAACACCGUCUCCGCCAAGCGGAUCCGCAAGGGCCUGCAGGCGCGCGUCGACCACGACAUAACCCCCGAGAAGGAUGCCAUCACCAACCUCAUUCUCGCGCGCUUUGACAAGGUCAACUCGGAGCGGAACGGCGUGGCCGCUGACGAUGCCGUCACAGGGACCAUCGAGCCCGUCCCCACCGCCGCGCCGCCUGCGACCAACGGCUCGGCCCACAACAACGGUUCCGGCGCAUCCACCCCGGCCUCGUCAAAGAAGAGGACAGACCCUGACGAGACCGCCAAUGGCUCUGACGUCUCGGAUGUCGCCUCCACCCCGCCCAAGAAAAAGCACAAGAAGAGCACCUCGGUAGAGGAUGAUGCCGCUUUUGCCGCCAGGUUACAAGCGGAGGAGAACGGACGUGCCAGGUCGACCCGCGGCGGCGGUGCCUCGAGGCGGAAGGCCCCCGUUAAGAAAAAGGGCGAGUCUCGCAAGAAGAAGAGUAAGACCAAGGUCAACUCCGACGAUGACAGCGACCUCGGCAGCGGUAGCGAAACUAAGAAGGAGCCUAAGCGGAACGGGGGCUUUCACAAACCGAUGAUACUUUCUGCCCCCUUGUCAGAACUGCUUGGCGAAUCGCAGCUGUCACGUCCGCAGUGUGUCAAGAAAAUCUGGGAGUACGUCAAGGAAAGGGACCUCCAGGACCCAAACGACAAACGCCAAAUUCGCUGUGAUGACGCCAUGCGUGCUGUCUUCAAACAGGAUCGCGUCCACAUGUUUACCAUGAACAAGAUUCUGAAUCAAAAUCUCUACGCCAUCGACGAGUGA